GGUACAUUGCUGCAAUAACAAUAACAAGACAAUUUGAUUAAAUUAUUUUGAUUUUCCGUAGUUGUUAUUGAUACUUGUUGAACGUGUUGAUACCGUGAAAGAACUAUGCCUAACCAGAACCAUUCGCGUCGUCGAAAGAAUGGUAAAAAUAAAAACACCGGCAAGGGAUUCAGCAUAAACAUAAACAGUGAUAAUUCCCCAGCAGCAAUUAGCAGAAAGAUUGAUAAAAAUGAUGCGAACCAAGAAAAAUUAUCUCAAUUGUCAAUUUCGGAUGCAGAAAACAGUGUGAUGCACAAUUCGGUGUUAGACAAUGAAAGUGACGUUCAUUUAAUGAAACAACAUCAGGAUAGUAAAAAGAUUGAUGCUGAAAUUAAGAACUAUUUUGAAAUAAAUGAAGAGUAUUUAUGUAAAACACGAUCAGGUACUAGCAGCUCAGGCAUGCUUCCAGGAGAAAAGCAAAAAGUUACUUUGAAGGAUUAUGGCGAUAGAAAGUCUGCGGAAGCGGAACUGAAAUGUUACAAAAAGUUGAAAAAUACAAAUUUCUUUGUGCAAAUGAUUCAGAAGUCGGAACCUCCUCAGCGACUUUUGGCUGUUUUUGAGCGCCAUAAGGAAAAUAUUUUCUUACAUCUACAAGGCUACAAUAAUGAUUUAUUAUGUACGGAAUACCCUAGACAAUUCUUAUCGGCGGUAAAUUACUUGCACCAUAAAAGAUUGGUUCUUAAAUUUUCAGAGAACCCAAACCACAUUGCAUUAACUUCAAAUAAAAUGUUGAAAGUUUGUAACUUAGAGAACGCUAAACAGACGACUUGCAUAGAAGAAAUUCAAAGAAAUGUUGCAGAAUGCGCAGUUAUUUUAAACCAAAUUAUAACGAAUUGUCAAGAACAUAGAGCUGUUAUUGCCAACGUUAAAUCUUUAUUAACGUGUGUACAGCAAAGAUAUGCUUUAAUGUUUUUAAUCGAGCUGUUGAAAGAGAACAAAAUGACUUUGUCAGACGCUCUAAAAAGUCCCACAUUUUACUCAUCUAAUGAACGAUCACUUUUAUUUUCAAAUUUUUGCAAAUGGGUGGAAAGGGAUAAUGGAGUUCAAAAACCAAAUCUAUUAAAAUUUCUUCGAGCGGACAAUACAUUCAAAUGGUGGCAAAGUAAGCUUGAGCCAGAUGUUAAGGUGGAAUUGGACCAAGAAAAUCCGAAUAUAGAGGAUAAUGCAUUCGGCUUGAUAAGAACAGUCCGAAACAAGUUGGCGCACAAAGAUCAUAGAGAUGAACGUGGAGCAUGGAAUGAUGUCAUUAAUGACAUUACUAUUUUUCAAUGGGCAGCAAGAUUUACGGCACUAAUCACUUUUGUUCACCAAUUGAAAUGCGUUGCUGAAGGUUGUAGCGAUGACUUUAGUAAAUAUAAGGAAAUUACACAACUCAGCAUCUAUCAACCCCAAAAACUGCUACAUUUUAAAAAACAAAAAGAAAAGUUUAAAUAUUUCUUUACACAUUUCCCCCUCCCAAACAUGCUAUGUACUGCCCCAGUAAUAGCAUAAAAUGCCUUAACCUAAGUGAAUAAAUACACU